GCGUGCGCGCGCACCUGGUGUGCGCGCUGCUGUUCCUGCGGAAUUCAUGAGACUGUGGUCGGACUCCGAAAGGCUCCCACCUAGAAAAUAAUGAACAACAAAUUUGACGCUCUGAAAGAUGAUGACAGUGGAGACCACGAGCAGGAUCAAGGCUCACCGAAAGACGGUGAGAAGGAAAACAUGGACGACGAGGACAGAGAACUGAACUUCUCCAAGAGAAAGAUGGUGGUGCCAGGGGCAGGAGAGCACCCUCUUCAAUACAACUACACCGUCUGGUACUCCAGACGCACCCCGGGGAGACCAGCCAGUACUCAGAGCUACGAGCAGAACAUUAAACCGAUUGGCAGCUUCGCCUCGGUGGAGCAGUUCUGGCGUUUCUAUAGUCACAUGAUCCGGCCAGGUGAUCUGACCGGCCACAGUGACUUCCACCUCUUCAAGGAGGGUAUUAAACCUAUGUGGGAGGACGAUGCCAAUAGGAUGGGUGGGAAGUGGAUUAUCCGUCUGAGGAAAGGCCUGGCGUCUCGUUGCUGGGAGAACCUGAUCCUGGCCAUGCUCGGGGAGCAGUUCAUGGUUGGAGAGGAGAUCUGUGGGGCCGUGGUGUCGGUACGCUUCCAGGAGGACAUCAUCUCCAUCUGGAACAAAACGGCGAGCGACCAGGCGACCACUGCCCGUAUCAGAGACACCCUGCGCAGAGUCCUCAACCUGCCUCCCAACACCAUCAUGGAGUACAAGACUCACACAGACAGCAUCAAGUAUAGCAUGGGUCGACUUCCAUGGACUGGUGACUGCUAGUGGUGGACUUUAGCCUCUCACACAGACGACCACUGCAAGAGUGUGUGUGUGUGUGUGUAUGUGACGUGCUGGAGGAUGACGAGUCCAGGGAAGGAAACUUCUACGUGUGUUGGCACUGUGUCAUAUGAAGGCGGGGCAAACGUCAGGAACAGAAGCGAGAACACCUUCUGGGCGUCACAACGCCUGUCAGAGAACACUGAACCAAGCCGAAGAAAUAAAUAUGCGUUAUUUUUAAUCAACCAGAGAAGAACAAAGCCUCCAAUUUCAUUUUAUUUUUUUAAUGCAAGACGUAACAUCCGUUAACUUGCCACCAGAGGGAGGCCGUGUCACACAACAUCAUCUGUUCUCGGCCUGCAUCUGAUUUUAUUGCUUCACCUAACGUCACACCUCCUGCUGUUUAAAAUGAAUCUCUGUUCAUCUGUUCUAUUGGGACUCAAACAAGGUUGCAGGUAGAUGUUAUUUUAUUACAGUGCUGUAUUUUAACUACAAUUUCUCUGGUCAUUUCGAACGAGAAAGAUAACUAUUAUUGUGUACAAUAUAUUUGUAAAUACAGUCCACUUCAAAGAUCACUUUACUGAAUCGGCAAUGAUUUUCCAUCUUUGACUUGGAAGUUGAAUCCCAAAGGAUGAGGACCAUCCUGUGUUGGGCAGAAGUUGGUGUAACUGGCAUCUUAGGAAUGGACUGCCACGCUGCCUAAAUCACUGUGCCUGGCCUCGAGCCCGACCCCAACCAGUUCCCCCUUCCGCCCGUUUGAACUAAUCCAAGGGAUGGGCUCUGCUUUAAUGUCCUCAACACAUGUGGAUAGGAGUCCUGAAACGCUGACCGUCUCUCCUUUUCCAUUUUGUAUUAAAAUCAAUGAAACUGGCCCCGCGGUCAGGGUCUGUGGCAGUUUCUAUUAAUUCCUCGGAAGCCUUUUUUAAAUUCAUUUCAAGAAAGCGGCUAUAGUUUGUUGAAAACCGGUAACGCUGCCUGUGUUUGGUGGUGCGAUGAUGGGUGCAGGUGUGUGCGCGCGUGUGUGUCAACAGUGAAGAGACCUGUUGGAUCUACACUUGAUGGAUUAUAGCAAUAAAUGUCAAAUAUGCAUCUGCUGCUAAA